AUUGAAUGCACACACAGAACGUUGUUUGUUUGCCGCUUCCCUCACUGACAGCUCUCAAACAGUAUAGCAUUUUGGUGGUGUGUAAACGAUUACAUUUCGCCUUGUCUUUACGUUGUCCAAUGGUUCGAUUCGAAAUAUAAGAUCGAAGACAUAACCUCAAACGGUUGCUGAAGCAUUUAUUUUUUUGAGUCGACUUUAAGGAAGAACAUUUAACCAGUAAUCAUGUCGAUGGCUAUGCCAAUUAACCCAAAGCCAUUUUUGAAUGGGUUGACAGGGAAGGCAGUGCAAGUGAAACUCAAGUGGGGCCAUGAAUACAGAGGAUAUCUGGUUUCAGUCGAUGGCUACAUGAACAUGCAAUUGGCAAACACAGAAGAGUUCAUUGAUGGACAAUCGACAGGUCAUUUGGGUGAGGUGUUGAUUCGAUGCAACAAUGUUUUGUACAUUUCUGGUGUGAGUGAAGACGACGAAGAAGGCGAAAUGAGAGAUUAAACGUCACUUGAAUGGCAUUUAUUUCAUAAGGUCUAUACAAAUCCCAAGGUUAAAGCUGUAAUUCAGAGUAAAAAAAAAGAAAAUUCACAAUAAACAAAUCAUUCUUUUCAUCUGAUCAUCAAA